GACCUUUAAAGUAGUUUCAGCGAAACUGUUAAAAUGAAAAUGUUUCGUGACAAAAAAAUUCCAAAAGGAAAGAAUGCUUCAUGUUUUAUUCUAAUUUGGCUUACAUGUGCGUUUGCCAAUGAUUGUUCAAAAUCAUUUCAAAUUAAAUCGGAAUACUUCAAUAAACGUCUUACUGGACACUCAAUCGUUGAAAUCAAGGUUCCAAAUCAACACAUGUGUGCUCGUGAAUGUAUUUACAUAUCUAUGUGUAAAAGUAUGGACUAUUUCCAUGGUACGUGUAAACUCAACGACGCCGACAGCAAAUCUGUCUUGCUCGGAGAAUUUCAGGUUAAGCUUGGUACCAUUUUCUCUGAUGUUUCAGACUGGCCAUUGUUGAUUGCUGGAGCGUGUGGUCAACAACCUUGUUCACAGUCACAAAAAUGUAUUCCCGUCAACAACGGCUACAAAUGCGAGGAAUUAGCAAUUACGGACUGUAGUGAUGUACGGCGUUAUUUUCCUUCUGCAAUCAGCGGGAAACAUAAAAUAAGGCUAUGGCAGUCACAUGAGUUAUUGACAGUUGUCUGUGAUAUGGAGACGGAAGGUGGUGGAUGGACGGUAUUUCAAUCACGAUUUGAUGGUUCCGUAGACUUUUAUAAGGAAUCAACGGAGUAUGUAAAUGGAUUUGGUAAUCAGGACACAGAAUUUUGGCUAGGUCUUAAAUAUUUGCACGAAAUGACGUCUCAAGGAAAGACUGAAUUAAGGUUGGACUUAACGGCCGCUGAUGGAACUACAGUGUAUGAAACAUUCAGGAACUUUAACAUUGACUCUGGUCCAGAGUACACCAUUCAUUUCGAUCCUGGAUUUGGAACUGCCGGUGAUGGGUAUUCCAACUACGGUAUGUCAUACCAUAACGGUAUGCAUUUUACCACAGUAGAUGAGGACAGAGAUAAUGAUGAAAAGAACUGCGCCGUUCAUUGCCAAGGUGCUUGGUGGUAUAACGCUUGUGGCGGCGUGAACCUCAAUGGACAGUACAUUACUCCAGGGACUGUUCACCCCGAUGGCUUCUGGGUUGGAGUGAUUUAUAAUCAAUUUACUAAUGAAAAGUCUCUGAAAGAAACCAAAAUGAUGUUCCGGCGAGGUAUUACUAAUGGUUCGUAACUUGAAAACCCGGACAUAUUUUCUUUGCAAUACAGCGUUUAUAAGGCAAUAUUGUUCAAAUCUAUGCAUUCAAUUAGUAUCGUGGAUUUGUCUAAAGAUUAAUAUAUUUUCUGAGAACAAAACAAAAAUAUAUAAGCAGAAUUUAACUAUUUUAAAUAAUAUUUUUGUUAAAGUAACAUUAAGCCCAUUCUAGUAUUAAUGUUCCAUGAGCUGGAAAAAAGGUCAUUAUAAGUACUGAUUGGUAACGUUUAUUUGAUAAAAAGAGUUGGGUAGUGUUUUUAUAGUUUGGGCACUUUUAUAUCCUAUCGUUAUCAUAUGUCAUCUUUUAUUUGUCAAAAAUGAGCAUGAUGUAACUUUUAUAAAAUACACUGUAGUAUAUCACUUGACUAGAUAAUUUAGAAGGUAAUAUUUUGGUACACCUGAUACUUUAUGUUUUGUUUAUUUCUGAAUGCUAAUUGUGGUAAUAUCAAUUGUGUCCUUUUCGUUUUGUCGUCAUUGACAGAUUUAUGUAAUGAUGUGUUAAAUUGACCGCAGGAUAUGUUGCAUGAACAUCUAAGUAUUGCAUUAGACAAGCAAUAGAAUAAAUAGAAUAAUUACUAGAUGUAUGUACUAAUGCUCAUUUGAAGAGCUACAUUAAUGUAUGAACUAAAGUUUUCAAAACUUAUUUAUCCAAUCUAACGUUUUAUAAACUGUUCUGUAGGCACUUUAAAACACAAUCCUAAAAGAAUUUAAAAUUAACCUUCUUACAUAAAAUGGAUAUAGUAAUGACUUUUUUCACUUUGUCCGAUAAUUUGCCUAAUUCCUAAAGUAUUCACUUUGUCUAAUAACAUUAAAUUCACAAUUAUGUAGUUUUCCUUUCCACAUUAAUUCGUCUCGGUAAAGGGAAUGCUCUAUUUGGUGUUUGAGAAUGAAUGUAAGGGAUUAAUAUUUUUUUUUGGCUCAUGUAUAUAUGUUUAUGUUGCUUCUUGUCUUUUGUAAUUGUAAAAUUGUACAAGAAAUUAUAAAGAAAACGUCGAUUCCUUUAAUACCAAAAACCUUUUGUUUCCAAUACUUAAGUCUUCACGAUUUUUAUAAGUCUUCCUUUGUUUCUAUUAAAAUUUUAAAGGUUAAUAAACAAAAACUCUCCAGUCUAAAACUUAAAAUUGUAUUGGCUCCAAGCAGAGUUGUAAAGAGUAACUAUCUGAUGAUCACUUUCACAGUAAACCACGUGGCCUUUAUAUCUUAAUGUGUGUUUAUAUUAAUAUACUCAAUGAUUGUGAUUGUGAAGAUUUUGCUGAUAACUGAAAUAGCGUUAUUACAUAAUGACUUUGUAAUUUUAAUUUAAUGUCUCUGGUAAAAAAAAAACUUUUUUUUAAGAAGAUAACCUCUUUUUUUAAAACAGAAAAAUCGCAUUGUAAAGUAUAUUAAUUUUAUGUGGUUUUUGAAACUUCAGAAUAAAACUCUUGACUACGAUAUUCCCGGGCAAUGCAAUUAUGUCAUUUUGAAUUGUUACUAUGAGCAAGGUUAGUACUUAGACAUCUGUUUUUUUCUAAGCUACUCAGACUAAAAAUGCAUUAACGUAUUAAAUAUAUUAAUGUCCUUAAUGCCUAAUGCAUUACUCGCGCUUAUCAAAAAACGGGACUAUUUUUCUAUGUACGUGUGUAAUGUCCAAGGUAACAUGAUAUCAUUCUUCUUUUUCCUAUUGAAAGUUUUACAUAGUUUGAAGCACAUGCUAUUUGAAUAGACUGUAUAACAAGUUAUUGGUUUUUUUCAUUUGAUUUAAAUCCGGAAAAUUAAUGUAAGAUAUCGACGAGUAAAUGUAUUAUAAAACAAAUUUAUUCAUGACUUUCCUUGACUCUUAAAUAUACGGAAAUGUUAUUCUCCUUGGGAAUUCAAUAUUCAAUAUUAUUUGAAUGUCCUUUGCUAAAAUAGAAAAGUGAAGAUUAUAUCGACUGAUUUAAAAUGUUGAGCAUCAUAUUCAGUAUCAAAUUCUUUGAAUGAAUUAUAUUACCUAGUGUAUGAGGAUCGAACGUUUAGUGAACGCAGUCGUUUAAUUAAGAUUUGUCUGCAAUGAUUUCUGUAUUAUAUUUAUCUUUUCGUUCUAUAAACAUACAAACAAAUACCCUCGAAAUCAAGCAUUGCUUUAAAAUAAUAUCAUUAUUUAAAGGAGAAAAUAAAACACUUAAAUAAUUAUAUAUUUCAAUGAAGAUGAAGGAAAUGCAACACUAUUGUAAGAUUCUAGAUGGAACGUAAUCAUUGUUAAUGAAGUAAGACAUUAGCAUGAAAGAGAAAUAAUCACUCGUAUCAUCGCAAUCUUGAACUGAGGCUAUCAUUAGCUUUAUCACACUUAUUUCAUCAAAAGUACAAAAUAUAUAAAGAUUAUCAACUACAUGUAUCAAACUUUUACACAUAUAUUAGUUGAUACCAUGCACAUGGUUGCCCAGUUUAAAAAAAAAAGAUAAGCAUGCAUUUUCUUUCCUUUUAAAGUUUUCCUCCAGUCAAGUGUCUGGGAUUGUACAAGGAUAAGAAGUGGAAUUGAACUUUUUAAAACUCAAAUCCAAUGUUGCUUAUUUAUUAAUUCAAAAUAUUGACUAAAACUGUCUAGCACUGACCUUGCAAUAUACGUUAGUGCACAAAUAUGCUUUUAUUUGGGACCAAACGCCGCCUUUCGUAGAAUGGCAUGUACGUGACCAUGAUCAUAGCCCUAUGAACACAUAUUUGGAAGAUUCUAAGAAUUUUGUUUAAAUUAACUAUCGAUUUAAUGUUUAAAUGUUGUGGUCCGCUUAGGCCCGUGUGAGUGAUGUACACAUCAUAUAACAUUUAUUAUUAAGUAUAUUGAGCAGGCUCAAUCAAUUGAAACUGAGUCUGGAAUAUUUUCAGUCCUGCCACUUAGGUUUUUAGAGGUUUCAAUUGUACAUUGUUUUAUGCCACUAUUGUUUGAUGUUGUUGUUGUGUGUGCUUUUCAUAGUUGUUUGUAAAAAAUGCAUUUUUAUAAAUUUGUUUCAUUGAUAUUAUACUUGACAUUCAUAAUAUAGUUGGCGGUUUGUUCCCCAAAAUUUGUCUUUCAAGGAAAACAUUUUAUAUUUCAAUACUUUCUAGUCACUUUGUAUUUUUUUGUAUUUUUU